GGCCUGUUCCACAGUUCGCGCCACCUGCCGAAUCUCGAAGGAACCCGACAUGGGAUCCGCCAUUACGCAGCCGUUACCACCAUGUGAGGAAGUCAACGUUGAAUGUCGCUUCGCGCAUUCGCACCAUUUUUGACCAUGGGAAAAUACUGUUGCGUACCGUCGUGUCGACAGAAGCAACUCGUGGAUCCCGGAUACAAAUCGCGAAGUAAGGUUUCAUUUUUCCGCUUGCCUUAUGGGAACCAGGAUCUGCUGCAGAAGUGGCUGGAUGCCAUAACGAAGGACGAGGACCGAGAUCUCAAGUUCCACCGAGCUACAAAAGUGUGUUCAAGGCACUUCGAUGAGGACGACUACUAUCGCGGCUAUGUGAACGGCAAGCGCUACCUCAAGGAUGGCACCGUGCCCCACAUCUUCGCUGGCAGGAUGCCGGAGAAAGGCGCCGCUGGGCACUGUAGGCCAGUUCCCGACGCAGCUUUGCUCAUCGCGACAGUCCCGCGUACCUCUGCCGUCCAUCUCGUUCGGCCACAGCACGGUCAGACCAGUCCGUUUACCGCGGUUGUGUUGGAUACCGGAGUGUGUCGCGGCGACAAGUUGGUUCCCAACAUAAACUCUGCCGUUGUUGAGGUGAAGUGCAAAGAUGAAGUUGAGAAAUGUGAAGGUGACGUUGAGGAGAGAGUAACUGUGGACCCCGUGCACACAUACUGCAAGCCCGCUACCGGGAAUAGAGUGGAGAAGGAAGUAGGUGUAGGUCCUGACCACGCAUCGUGCGACGAGCCAUCUCAGAUGUCAAACCAAGAUACCAGUUCACCACAGGCACUAUCCCGCUGCAGUGUGCAAAUAGUAGCGUCCGGUGGGCACGAGUCCGAUUCCGACACGGAUGCAAGCAUGGGCGCUGUUUCAGACACCGACAUGCCCAUUAAUUCAGAAGAUGGCAAGGCAAUUCUUCCGGAUGACACUGCCUUGGAAAUUCUCUCCGAAGCAGCCACAGAGGUUCCCCCUGAGUUUGUAUAUUGUUCCAGCCAGGCUAUGCCAAGUGUUACCCACUUGGGCCACUCGGGGAAUGCUCACCCCAGCAACGGAGAACAGUCUCUCGAGUUGGACGGCCUUCAGAAACGUGUCUUGCAGCUGGAAAAGGAGAUUGAACAGAUGAACCGUGUCGUGGAGUGGUAUAAGCAGGAGGCAAAGGAUGCAAAGAAGGACAAGUACAAAUUAGCACAGACAGUGGAGCUGCUCGAGCAGAAGUGCCAGAAGCUGGAGAAGUGGCAGUUCACGAUCGAGAGCUUUCGGCACAGCUGUAAGGAUGUGAACUUCUACACUGGCCUUCCUGAUUAUGCAACUUUUGAAGACCUCUACCAGCGCCUGGCUGGCGAUAGAGUCGGAAGUCACACGAGAUCGCGGAGCAGUAGGUUCCUCUCUGACCGCAACAGGCUGUUCUUGCUCCUUGUCCGGUACCGGCUGGGGCUGCCUGAGCCAGACUUAGCCUUCCGGUUUCACGUGUCAUGCAAUACAGUCUCUAAUAUCUGCCUGACUUGGACCAGAUUCAUCUACCGGCACCUGCAUCACCUUUGCUCUGGCCAUUGUACACGUGUAAGAGGUGCACCAUUGGUGAGCAGUGCUAUAGAAUUUGUCAGCAACUGCGAUCACCGUCCAAUCGACUCCCGCCCUGAACUGCAAGAACUUUCAGACACUUGCAAAGUAGUGACGUCAAUCUCUUCUCGUAGUGCCACAAUAUUUGUGUGCCCUCCCAUGGACGUGGCAUCAGCUAGACAUUUUGCAAAGGCGUAUGACUGUCAAGAAGGGCCGCCUUCUUAUGACGACAGCUGCAAGGUGGGUGAUGGGGACGUAGCAGUUCAAGACAUUUUGCACGAAAUGGGCCUUCCACCAAAUCUAUUACGGCUUCUGGGACAGCAUGGGAGUGCAAGUGUGCUGACAGUGGACGACAUAGUGUCCCUGUAUGAAGAUAUAGAGCAUGUCGUCCCCAAGAUAAGGGGCUAUCGCAUAUUUCAGCAGCCUUUCCCACUUUCUUUGCUUCCAGUAGCUAAGGAAAUGCUUGCAAUCUGCGUGGUCCUGACCAACUUUCCCGACACUUCGUCCAAUCGUCCUGAUGAGUGAUUCAGUACCAUUGUGAAACAGUGCACUCAGCUUCUUUCAGAAAAAUGUUUGCAUAAGUUUCGUCAUCAUGCAUCAGUGCAUUAGUUUCAACGACAGCUGGUCACUCCUGCGCACUGUAACUGUCCCUACCAUCUAAUGGUCUGAGAAGAGGUUCAGUUUAGAGCUAUCUGUUCAUAAAUGUGUGGUGCUCAAACAUCUUGGAUCAGAAUUGCACCCUAUGUCCGUUGAUACUGUCUAUAAGUGGCAUGAGCCUUUGCACAAACAAAAGCGAAGUGUUACCAAAGAAGCAGCAGAAAUGGCUGUGCAUUUUUGCAGAAGCAGGCGACUGUCAUGUAUUUAUGAGACAUGAAAUAUAAUAUGCGUAAACAUUAUUUUUUGUUACAGCGUCAAGGUUCUCACCUCUAACCUACUUCAAUCUCACUGAAGUGCUAAGCAAUUGAUGCCCGAGAUUGAUGCGCCAAAAAGACACUAAUGGUGUUUUCUAUCGGGUGAUCCAGAGCAGCCUCUGAAAUCCUGGAACGAAUGUUUGGAUUUCACUAAACCAAAUCUGCCAGUGGAGAGCAGGAAUGCUUCUGCGGGUAAUCGCACAGGAAGUUUUAGCACACAAGUUUUGCAAACCGGUUCCGAAAGUGAUCCGACUUCCUGUAUGUACGUUGCCAUGGCAAGCAAAGUCGCCAGUGGGCACCAAUAAACAUGAAGGUAGAAGUGAGGUAUGCUUAUUGUCCUGUUUUUGUCCAAAUUGGCGCCUCUGCGGUGGAGCAAGUGAGAACAAUCCUGCACGGAGUGGUUGAUCUGAAAUGGCCAGUGGCAAGCGCAAACCUGCGCAGCGACCAGUGGAAAACACUAUGAGAAGAAAACCAAAAGUAUUUUUCCCAUAGAAAACUUUUCAUGACCUUUGUACUUGUCCUUCUCUUUGCUUAAUAUACAGAAUGCAGAAACAGGCCCAACUGUAUGAGACAAUUUAGAAGAAAUUGUGAUAGUGUACAAGAGCUUUUCUUUUUCUUGCCUCCUAUAAUGUGAAAAAUGUUGCACGAUAUGGCACUGAGUCCAGAGGCUGAACCAUGAAAUUAUUAGAUUAUUGACUUCUUUUUUUUAAGGGGUUUUGUUUCUAAAUGACUGGUAUAACAUACUAUUGGGAGCUAUAUGCUGCUUCUGUGUAAAACUAAUAGCAGGUAUGGUGUUAAUCUUGUACAGUCACCGUCAAAAGUUUCCAACAUGUACAUCGCAAGAGAAAGCCAAAUUUCAGCCCAUAUUUAGCAUGAAGCCAGUGAAACAGUGCAGCACUGUGUUGUUUGUGUGUGCUGGCAUGAGUAACAAAUCUUAAACCUAGGCUGCGUGCCCAUGUUUGCAAAUAACCAGGAUUUUUUUCUUCAAAUUUUGUGCCCCAUAAACUUUUGAUGCAGACUGUAACCAUGCACACUGAUGCAAAUUGACAAGCAGCAUGUGUAUUCAAACGUUCUCAGUGAUUUUACACACACAUAGAAUGGAGAUGUGUUUCAUGAGGCUGUACGUUUGAACAAGUAGCAUAGGUGAUGCUUAUUUGCUCAUCUUGUUUGAAUUUAAAGGGCCGCUCUCCAGGCCCCAUAGCAAAUUUUGGUUAUACGCUGGAAGUUGUUACGUGCCCUUUAGGGAACUUUCUGCUGGAAAAAUUUUUCAAAUUGGCUCAUUAUAGCUGACAUAGAAAUAUUUAAGUGCCGUGAACCCAAUUUCAGCAGGCGAGCUCCAUUACAUAGCGAGACACUCUCUCCACUCACCCCGUCUAGCCUCUGCAAGCGAAAUUCCUUCCCUGCGUUCUCCCAUACAGGAACUAGAGGAUCGCAUGAUGCAUAUGUCAUGGGCCCACCUUCAGUUUUUUUUUUUCUCCUCGCUUUUUGUGGCGUGGUGCACUUUCGCUCACAGCGUCACAUGCGAGCUGUUGUGAUUGUCUCAUUUGACGCAGCGCACAAUUUUGCGCGUUGCGCACGAGGAUGCCUGGCUAGUGGUAUAGUUCAAUGCUACACGAAUACUGAGGCAGACACAAGAGAAUCACAGCAUGAUCUCGCGCUUGAACACAGUAGAAAAUGGCAUAGUUUCAGUGUCUAUGCGCAACUGCACGACAUGGGAACAAGCAGACGAAAUGGAAGUACUUCUCUCUUGCUGCGGUGCGUAGUAAAACAAGAACGUUCAGACAUUCGGUUUACGUGCUUUAUUAUUUCUCUAAGCUUUAAGUCGUCUGUUCAAGCAACACAUUACACAAAUAACACAUGUUGCCUUGAAUAAUUCUUCAAGUGACAUGUCUGGAUGAUUGACAUGACACUGCGACAUGACACUUAAGAAUGAAGAGCAAUCAUUGCUUGGAAAGUAAUUUAGUACUCCCUUUUACAUUGCCCAUAGUUGUACAUCAUAAGGUUAAAAAGAAGGAUGAGAGAAGAAAUGCGUCGCACCAUGAUUUGUCAUCAUUGCUGUGCCAUUGAAAAGGUUGUCUUAGCCUUUUCCCUGUGGUUGGGCAUUUGUCAUUUUCUUGCCGACUAUAUUUUGGUAUUGCAAUGACACCUGGGAAUGUUGCCUGAAUAAGACGACUUGCUGUCUAGCCCUGUAGACUAUGUGGGUCGCUGGAACAGACAACUUGAGCACAGGGUAUGAGCAGCAGCGUAUGUGCUAAUUCUUGUACAAUCCCUCGAAUUGGUGUACCACUAUGACACAGGGGGUAUGAUGCCUUAUAGGUACAUAGAUAUGUGUUGUACUUCCGUGUUCAUGCACCUCUAAUCGAUGUUUUUCCCUCGGCAAGCAUCGUGCAUCGCGUAUGUCCCCAUGACACAAGUAGUGAAGUACUGGUGUCAGCCUCUACUGCUGCUACCUUGCCAAUUCAAACAAACCUCUCAUUAUCUCAAUUCCAACAUUGUGAUGGAUUUGCGUGUUCUUGCACGUGGGUCCAAUAAUUAAAGUGCGAAAUGCAAAUUAAAAGGCAGGAAAUUUAGUCAUACAGUAGUGAGGUGUGAAUAACUGUCUUGCAGAGUUUCUGAUCAAACAUUGCUAUUAUCUAUCCAGUUGAACUUUCUCGCAGGUUUUUGCUAAGUCUAUUGUAUUUCUCUGAGAAAAGUACAAAAAAUAUCUUCAAACAGGAGCUUCCUUAAUGUGAAAGUUGUGGUAGAUAUGUAGAGUAGGAGUUCAUUGAUGUUACAGUGCUGAUAUGAAGCUGUUAAAAUUUAUUCAGUGUGUCUGCUUGCAAUAAAUCAUGGUUUCUACUGUU